UCGGCUGAAGCCUCUGGCGGUGCUUCAGCUGCUUAAAAUAGCGCCAGACCCGGGAAUAAAACACGGAGCGGCGGCUCAUUGUAAAACAGCGCCGGCUUCGACACACCGGCACCCGGGAGCGGGAGCGAGACCGAGACCGAGAAUGGCCGGAACCCCGAUCAUAGCUGAAAUGCCCAGACAAUUCCCAAAGGUAGCACAGACAGAGGAGGAUGAGCAAGUUCGAAUUAUAGCAGAGAAGGUGUUUGCUUCUGCCCUACGUGAGGAGGACACCAAGGAUGCACUGUCAUUGUUUGACAUUGCCGAAGACUGCCCGAUUGGUAAAAAGGAGGCCACGGAGAGGGAGCUACAGAAGGAGAUUGCUGAACAGCAAUCAGAGACCACUGCAAAGAGAAAGAAGAGCCUCAGGCUGAUACGAUCCCAUUCGUUGUCCUUGCAGAUCCCAACUCCUGAUGUGACUUUCUCAGUGGUGGAUUCCCCAUCUUUGACUCCACAGACACCCAUUCAGAGUGUUCCUUUGUUUGGAAUACAACUGCCCUAUGACGUGCCUGAAUUUCAGCGAGUGACCAUUACUGGAGACUACUGUGCAGGGAUCACUGUUGAGGACUAUGAACACGCUGCCAGAGGCCUGAUCAAAGCCCUGUUCAUUCGUAAGAAGUACAUGCGUCUUGCCUACCAGCUCUUUCCCAGAACAACAGGCCAGUACCUCCAAUCAAUCGAAAAUGAUCAAUGGCUAGAGGAAGAUGAAGUUUUACCAGAUUUCCAUCCACCCCCCAGGGAUGGUGAGGAUCCAUAUGACCUCAGUCUUGCUCCGGACAAUCUGGAAUAUGUAGCAAGGAUGAAGGAGGGAAUCAUCUUUGUUUAUGAAAACAAGGAGAUGCUGGAACUGGAUGAACCCAAAAGUCUACCUUACCCAGAUCUGCAAACCUUCACACUAGACCUGAAUCAUGUCCUUGCCCUGAUUGCUGAUGGGCCCACGAAGACUUACUGCCAUCGGAGGCUAAACUUCUUGGGAUCAAAAUUUUACCUACACGAGAUGUUAAACGAAAUGGCAGAACUUCGGGAGCUGAAAGGUGUACCCCAUCGGGACUUCUACAAUGUUAGGAAGGUCGACACCCACAUCCACGCUGCUGCCUGCAUGAGCCAGAAACACUUACUGAGGUUUAUUCAGCAGACCAACAAGACUGAGGCUGACCGAAUUGUGCUGGAGAAGAAAGGACGCAAAUUGACUCUGAGAGAGGUGUUUGCAAGUCUCAACAUGGACCCUUAUGAUCUCACCGUGGAUUCACUCGAUGUGCAUGCUGGCCGCCAGACAUUUCAUCGAUUUGAUAAAUUCAAUGCAAAGUACAAUCCAGUUGGUGCAAGUGAACUGAGAGAUCUUUACCUGAAAACAGACAACUACAUGCAAGGAGAGUACUUUGCUCGGAUCAUAAAGGAAGUCUCCCGUGACCUGGAGGAAAGCAAAUACCAAUACACAGAACCACGGCUAUCCAUCUAUGGUGGAUCACCAAAUGAAUGGGCCAAUCUGGCAAGGUGGUUUAUUAAACAGCAAGUCUACUCUCCAAACGUCCGCUGGGUUAUACAAAUUCCUCGCAUUUAUGAUAUAUUUCGAACAAAAAAAAUCUUGCCUAGUUUUGGAAAAAUGCUGGAGAAUAUUUUCUUGCCCCUUUUUGAAGCAACAAUCAACCCCAAAGAAAAUCGGGAACUUCACCUCUUCCUAAAAUACGUGCGUAAACUACUCCUGUUAAAACUACUCCUGUAUGCUCUACUCCUGUUAAUAGUGUCUUCUGGUUUGUUUUUCAGGGAACGAGGGUUGAGUACAUUCCAGUUCCGACCUCACUGUGGGGAGGCUGGUUCAAUCACUCACUUGGUUUCAGCCUUUCUAACAGCGGACAAUAUUUCACAUGGACUGAAUCUUAAGAAGAGUCCAGUGCUUCAGUAUCUCUACUACCUUGCUCAGGUACCGAUCGCCAUGUCCCCGCUGAGUAAUAACAGCCUUUUUCUGGAAUACUCUAAAAACCCACUGCGUGAGUUCCUGCACAAAGGUCUCAAGGUCUCUCUCUCCACGGAUGACCCCAUGCAAUUUCACUAUACAAAGGAGGCACUAAUGGAGGAAUAUGCAAUCGCUGCCCAAGUGUGGAAACUCAGCACCUGUGACCUGUGUGAGAUAGCUAGGAAUAGUGUGCUUCAAAGUGGCUUGUCACAUGAGGAGAAGCAACACUACUUGGGUGUGAACUACCUGAAGGAAGGGCCUGAGGGAAACGAUAUUCGGAAGACAAACGUAGCUCAGAUCCGGAUGGCUUUUAGGUACGAGACACUGUGCAACGAGCUCUCUUUCCUGGUGGAUGCCGUGAAAUCGACAGAGAUGAGCCGGUCAAUAAAUUAGCAGUCUGGCUCUUGCAUUUGUAGAAACAUGAAAGGUGAUCAGUUAUGGACCGAACAAGCCCAUUAUACUGCUUCUAAAUGCACUUAGAUAUCAGGCUGGUUCAUAACCAGAAAAGCACAACAGCCAGUGUGAUUAAAUCCUUACCAGCCAAUAUGAGAUAAUUGUAUGCAUUUCACCAUAUUAUUAAUGCUGUUUGCCUCAUGCUUAAUUAUAUUUUAACAAUUUUUUUAAAGAAAUAGAUAAUCCUAGUGCAGACUCCACUGAGAAUAUAUAUGAAAAUAUAUAUAUAAUAGCCUUAGUGUAUAAAGUGUACAAUACGCUGUUUACAUUUAGCCUAGAAAACCUCUAUUUGUAUAGUCAACUCGGUUUAAAUUACUAAUCCAGCCAGGGCAUGCUCAUCUGUUUAUAAGUUACUUUGCAUUAGCACCAUUGGUGUUAAUUUCUAGACUGUUACAAUUAUAUAUAAAAAAAUGUCUAUUCUAGGGACAUUGUACCUACGUGAAUGUAAAUGUAAUAUACUGAGUCAAAUUUUGAGUAAAACCAUUAAAUAGAAGAGGUGAAGGUCCACACCAAGAUUGUCAGGCAAAAUGGCCUUUGUCUGAUAGUUAAGACACAGCCACGUGAUGAAGGAGCAGCGCUCCAAAAGCUAGUACUUCCAAAUAAACCUGUUGGUCUAUAA